AAUUUAUGUAUAACAUACAUUUUCCAAUGUUCAAAGAUAGUUCUUAAAAUUACUCUGUUAUGAAAAUUAAUGUGUGACCUUUAAAUAAAAAUAUACAUUAAAUAAAGAAAUUGUUAGUUUAUAAGUAACUAACUCUUAAAGUCCUUACUUUUUAAAAUCUUGAUUAUUGACAUCUAUAAUAUCAUCACUGUAAAUUGUAUUUUGCAUAAUCUUCAUUACAUUGUUAUAUUUAAUUAAUGGAUUUUGGGGUAUAGCACGUUUGUACCAAUAAUGUAGUGAUUGCAGUUCCAAAUUAUACAUGUAGUUUUUAUUUGUUGUUCGUUCCAUUAUUUUAUUAUUUAAAUAAUAUUUUCAAUAACACAUAAAUUAAAUUAUAUGCAAUAGAACAUGUUAAAUAGUGUAUGUUAUAUAAAAUAUUUGAUGAUGUAAGUUACCUAUAUACUUAUGUAGGUCAUAGAAUUGAAGUAUUACAAAUGUAAUGGAAUAAUAAGAAAUAUGUAUUCAUUUAUUUCUGAAUUAAUAUUUAAUUUAUUAAAUUGAAGUCUAAAAGGAACAUAUACUGUCUAUUUGUUUCUAUAUUCUUAUAUAUUAUCAUGUACUUUCCAAAUAUGAAAAAGACAUUCUAUAAUACAAAUGCAUAAUGUAAAUAUGUAACGUAAUAUAAAUAAAUAUUUUAUAUCCAAGGCAUGACAAUCAUACACAAAAAAAAAUUUUUUUAAACGAGAAAUGCUACCAACACGCUACCGGAUGACAAUCUUAACAGCUAUAUGUAUUAAAAAUUGAUUAAAGUUUGUAAUAAUUAUAUAAGUUUUAUAAUAAUUUUUGAACUAUAAAGUAAUGAAAUUAAUUUUUACUCGUAAAUAAGAGAAAAUAUAACAAAAUAUUUGUAUCAAGUGUAAGUAUAACCUCAAUUAAAAACAACAAAAAGAUAUGGAUGUCGAAAUUUUGAAAUCAAUAUUAAAUAGUUGUGAAACUGCCACAAAAGAUCUUGAAAAAUCAGAGGACUAUCAAAAAUUAGUCAAUGAAGACAAAUUUAUACCAACAUCUAGUAAUAUAUUUAACGCAUUAUGUUUAUCUUUCACAAAUUUGUUAUGUUACAAAGUAUCAAGGGAAGCUUAUCAACGUUACACCGUAAGAUUUAAUGUAAUUGAUGUACUGCGAGAUUGUUGUAGGAUUACUGAGGCCUUUAACAACUUUAAUGUUUUUAUAGAUGGAAACCAAACGUCUACUUUUCUUAGAACUCUGUUGGACAAAUAUUUAACAAAUGAUUUUUUAGAUACUUGUGAUUCAACAGAAAAUGUAUUACCAUUGUCUAGUGCCUUAAUCAGCUUAACAUCCGUAGAUUCAUAUUAUAAGUAUCAUGUGGAAAGACUGCUUCUGAAACUUGCAGAAUUAUCUUGUAAUGCAGAACAAUCCUGUGAUGAAAGUGAACGACUAUUAUGUUAUGCUGUGCAAAAGAAAUCCAAUUUGAAUCUUGAACUCUCAACAGUAGAGAAUAUAUAUAAGUCACAAAGAUGCAAAUUAAUAGAACAACCAUUGCUAUAUCAUUUUAUGUCAUCUUGUACUAAUUUAAAUAAAGAUGAAAAGUGUGAUGAAAUUGAGAGUGUAAAUUUGUUGGAUCAAUUGAUUGAAUUCAUUAGUGUAUCUCCAUAUAUUUUUCUUCUAGUAUGUGCGUUUUUAAAAGAAUUAUUUGUACAUUUAGAUCAUUGUCCCAUAGUCGUAAGCUUUAUACAGUUAAUUUUACAUAGCGUGAAGGAGUCUUGUGAAAAUCUAAGUAAAGAUAUUUUAGAUUUAUAUCCAAGAAAGUUCCAAUCUAUAGUGAUUUUGUUACGAAUAGAACCAAUAUAUCAUACAGAUGAAUCUAAACAUGCUACAUUAAGAACAUUAAGGGACAUACAUUCUGAAGAUAAGGAUACAGCAAUAACUCUGUUAUUACAUUUCCCUCAAUGGCUGAAAUUAUUUGGAGAGCUACUUUCGAAUUCUGACAUCAUUUAAUAAACGUAUAUACAUAAAUUUAGAAAUAAAAUUGUAAUAAUGUUGAAUAUUAAAAUUAAUGUCUACUUUUGGUUUACCAUGUAAGAUUCAUUUUAAAGAGUGAAAAUUGUAAUUAUUUAAAACAUAAAAUAAUAAAA